AAACCUACCGUGGAGUAAUUGAAGAGAGCUUGACAACUCCAAGAAGAGAAACAUACUGUGGAGUAAUUGAAGAGAGCUUGCGCCUGAUGGAAUGAGAAGAGACUGAAGACACACAAAGAAACUAAAAGAGAAAGUCAAGGAGAGAGAGAGAAAGAGAGACCCUUCUGGUUAAUCGAAUCAAGAUAAGACUCUUUCGGUGUUCUUCUCUGCUCUGCCAAGCGUGACAACCCUCCAUCUCCCCUCUCCACCUCCCCUCACCCUUCUCCCUCUCCUCCCCCUGUCCUCAUCUCACCUGAGAUGGGCCGGCUGCUGGCCCUGGUCUACCUGGUGCACCUGUCGACUGCAGUGAUUGGCUCAGAGAAGCAGCAGCACCGGGUGCAGCAUGGACCCUGCAGUUACACCUUCAUUCUCCCCGAGGUGGAACACUGCCAGCCCCUCAAAGACUUCCAGGUCACCAACUCCGUCCAGAGGGACUCCCCACCACCGCCACUCCCAGACCCAGGAUCGAGUCACCCUGAGCAGGUCAAAGCCCAGCCCGCUAGGUCCUCAUGGCAGGAGAGGAAGCUGGAGAGUCUGGAGAGCUCCACAGAGAAUAAUACACAAUGGUUGCAGAAGCUGGAGAGGUCCAUCCAGGAAAACCUGCAUUCUGCGAUGGAGGAGAUGAAGAGGAACGCUGUUCACACCCAGACGGCGGCCAUGUUGGAGAUCGGGACCAACCUCCUCAGCAAAUCAGCUGAGCAGACCCUCAAACUGACAGAUGUGGAGACCAAGGUGCUGAACCAGACCAGUAGAAUGGAGAUCCAGCUGUUAGAGUAUUCUCUGUUCACUAACCGUCUAGAGAAACACGUCCUCCAGCAGAAUCAGGAGAUCUCACGACUCAAUGAUAAAAGCAGUUCGCUAGAGCAAAGGUUCUCAGCUUUAGAGGCCAGGCACGUUAAGGAGCUUCAGGAUCUUCAGAGGGAGAAACAGCAGUUGCAGGACAUGCUGGAGAGACAGAGGCGGCUGGUCACCCAGCUAAAUGGAGAGCUGGGGACCUCAACACACAACAGCACACUACUGCAGAAACAGCAGGCUAUACUGACUGACACAGUGCAGCAGUUGCUAGCCAUGGUCACCCACUGCAACGAUAUACCCACUACACCCAAAGAGGAGCCAGUGAUCUACAGAAACUGUGCUGAAAUCUUCAGAUCUGGGCUCACAGAGAAUGGUGUCCACAGCAUACGACCCCCUAACUCUACCCGCACAGUUAAGGUGUUCUGUGAUAUGAAGACAAGAGGUGGAGGCUGGACCGUGCUGCAGCAUCGUAGAGACGGAGCCGUGGAUUUCCACCGUGGAUGGAGGGAUUACAAGAUGGGUUUUGGGGAUCCCUCGGGAGAGUACUGGGCAGGAAAUGACCUCAUACACCUGCUGACCAGCUCCCAAGAGUACAGUCUCCAGGUGCAGCUGAAGGAUGCUGAGGGGAACGAAGCUUACUCCCACUAUAAUCACUUCUACAUAGACGCAGAGAACAAAAACUACAGUCUCCAUGCCCAGGGGUUCAGUGGUACCGCCGGCCGCACCAGUAGUCUGACCCAGCCUGGGACCCAGUUCAGCACCAAGGACCGAGACAACGACCGCUGUUCCUGCAAGUGUGCCCAGAUGUCUUCUGGAGGUUGGUGGUUUGAGGCUUGUGGUCCCUCCAACCUGAACGGUAUCUACUACUCUGGCGUCUCCAACGUGGUCCGUUACAACGGCAUCAAGUGGUACUACUGGAAAGGACCCAGCCUCAUGACUACAGUGACCACCAUGAUGGUUCGACCCGCAGGCUUCUGAGGCAUAACGGCGGCGAUCGCCAUUGACGUCACCCCGACUGACUGAAUCACAGACUGAUAUGAGCACUUCUCGAAUAAUGAUGUUUGCCAGACAUGUGGAAUAUGAUACUUGAGUGGAGGUUUUUAGAGGUUUUUAAUUGACUGUGUUUGAAAAGAACAGAUCUGUUAUUUUCUGAAAUGUAUUCCGUCUUAAAAACAUUUUCCCGCUGAAAUGGCACACAGGCCAACGUAAAUGUGUGUUUUAUAAUGGGAUUGUACAUAUAUUGUAGAUGCAUAAUGGUAUAUUAUGGCUUACUGCUACUCCACUUUCACUUUCAAUGUCCAGAAAACUUUAACAGCUUCUUCCUGACUGUUUCCCGCUAUGCCACUCAGAGAUGCUUGUAAAACCCUUUUUUUUAAGGAGAUGAUUAUCCUCAUAAAAGUGCAUGAUAAAUAAACACAGGUGUUUCUACAAGCAUA